CCUGAUAGAUUUGCGCAGUUUGCAGUUUGCGCAGUGAUGACGCAGACAGAGCAGCGCGAGAAGAGAAGCCUCUCCCAGUUCUGUUGUUUUCUUUCUUCCUCUAGUAAAACUCAAACUCGACCGGAACACAGAAGGGAAGAACUCUGCAGACAUGUUGAUCUUCUACCUGACUGUUUGCUGCGUCCACCUGUUGGGUGCUUCAUCUGUUAGAUCUGUGUCGGAGUGCUACGGCAGCAGUUUGACGUUGCCGUUUUCUUAUUCACCACCCAUAUUUGAUGGACCGCUGUACUUCAUUUCGAAAUCGGGAUCCAGGAAGCUCCUGAUGGAUGAGGGGAAGUCAAAGGACCGACGCCUCAAAGUUUCCCUUGGCCGGGUUAGAUUCACAGAUUUGACUGAAAGACAUGACGGCGGAUCUUUUUCCGUGUCAACUAAUGGCAAUAGAACACACGUUAUCCUCUCACUGACAAUUAAGGAAUGUUCUGAGACGAUAACGCAGUAUUACGGGGAUAUAUAUUCCAUUAAUAUUCCUAGAGAGGCUGAAUUCCUGGAGUUCACUCCCCUUGGCAAAGUGAAAACGCAAACGGUCCUGUGGAAUCGCACUGCUCCGACCAGUCAGAGAAGUAGAGGGUCGAUAAAGCAUAAUGGCUGGGUGAUGAAGGACCUCACUCAGGAUGACAUGGGCCACUACAACGUCAGAGCAAAAGACAACACUUUGCUGUCUCGGAAAGGGCUCGCAAUAGAAGCGAACAAAAGAACCAUUCCUGCAAAGGUGAACGAGAUGCUCGCCAUCAAGUAUCCUCGAGUACCGACUGACACCCUGUGGACUGUGACUUUUACACCUGAGGGGAAGCCGCCAUUCACAUUGAUAGAAAGAGGUCACAGCACCCAACACGAAAUAGGAAAUAACUUUUUCCCUAUUGAGGUUAAGCAGGAUCGCUUUGUUAUUGAUCCUGUGAAAAGCACCGACUCUGGCACCUUUGAGUUCAUAGACCCGCAAGGCAACCUGGCCCUGACUACGGAAGUGGUGGUACAAAAUAACCCUAAACCAUUUAAUAUGUUUGUUUAUAUUGGUAUCGGUGUCGCGGUUGCCCAUGCGCUGAUUUUGUGCUGUUGCUGUGUGACAAAGUGCUGUUGUAAAAAGAGCUCUUCUAAAAGGGACGAGUCCGCUCCUCAGACUGCAUCUGCGCCGGCUGUGUAUUACCAUGAUUUGAAUCAACCUGCAGGCCCAAGUUCCUCUGCUGCACCUGCUCCGGAUAACUCAUAUCAGCCGAUGAAUUCCCUCUUUUCUAGAGAACCUACAAAUAUCUCUCUUGAGCCACCGGCGUACAGCUCAAUGAAUAUCCAUGUGAACCCCCCUCAGCCUGAGUUUGCACCUCUAGGACGGCAGGGACUCGAUCCAGCUCCUCUACUCGGCUCCGAUUGUCUCUCCUCGGACCCUGAGCAAAGGUUUGAGCUGAAGGGACUAACUUUUCCUUCUGCUCCCCCCCUCGGUUCAGACUCAACUGUCUGUGAUGUUUAUACCUCAGAUAAACUCAGCCACGGCUACAGCUAUCAUUCAUGAUAUCAUUCACACCAUGUUGACCGGACUUAUCGUAGGUUAAAAUGCGGAAUAGUCUUUCUAUGAAUAUAAACACUAAUGCGGUGUGAUCAAAGAGGCCAGUGCUCCAGUAACUCUUGAUUACUCAGCAUUAGGGAUGUCCAUAAAUAACCGUUUAACCGUUAACCGACAUUAAACAUUUUAACCAGUUAACGCUAUCGGUUAAAACGGUUAAAAGAAAUAUUAAUAAUUAACUCAAAAGCUGAGCGGCUCA